GUAUUGUACACUGAAAUUUUCUAUUGAUUGUAAAACUUUACACAGUAUUAGCAAUGACCAGUUUUUCAGGUCCUGCCCUGACUAGACCAUCCUAGACUUGGCCUCUCUAUCUGACUGCCAUCAAGGAUGCUAACUGUGAUAGCGUUUUUUGUGAAGUGGACCCUUAAGAAAUGGUUGAGACCGACAAUCCAUUUCCUAGAUACCCUCAAAGCAUAACCACUGAUAAUCUCUACGGGUCAUUACUGCCCUGUACUUGUUUUGAACCGAUGUUCUAGCAUUGAAAGACUGUAUCUCAUCACCUUCCCCCUGCUCCUUCAAGCAUCCUAUAAACAUGGUUUUCUUAUGGUAGUGUUUAUAUAUAAAGUUCUAUAUCUUUCGUAAAACUCCUUCACCAAAAAAAAGUCAGUGGGGGAAGAAGGAGGAAACUUCUGCCUAAUAUACUGUCAGGAUGAUGAUUGGGUUAUAGAACUUGAUAUCAGAAAAUAGUAGAUUCAACAUUCACAUAAUGAAAGCUAAGUUACAGCAGAGGUAAAAAGUCCAGUGCCUUCUCUGCCUCUGGGCUUCUUAGCUAACUACACUAUUAGGACCGUGGGUAGCCCUCUAUACUUCUUGCCCUCUCCAGGAACAAAGUGUAGAAUCAAGAUCUGAACUGAAAAAUAGCGUAGCAAGCACUAAUAUAAUGUGAGACUAAUUAGUUAGCAAUAAUACUUUGCACUGUUGAGAUCCUCACAUUAAAGAGGCUUCAAAGUGCUUUGCAAACAUUAUUUUUCUCAUACAGAUGUGGGGCAGAUGUAGUAGUAUUACCAUUUCACAGAUGGGGGAAACAGGUUAUGAUUUGCCCAGUGUCAUGUGAUGGUCUGUUACCUAUUUCUGCAUUUGUUGUAGGUGUACAUGGUGCUUUAAAGAGAUGGGCCCUGUCCUAAAGGGUUUCCAAUACAAGGGCCUGUUUUACUCCAGUUAAUCAUCACUGGGAGCAGGUUAUAAAGUAGAUCACAUAAAGACAAAGGGUGCUGAUGGGAAGGAUUGUGAUACAAAAUAGUGUAACUUGCACUACUUAAAAAUCUUAAAGCCAAGAAGAAACAUGCAUAAUUGUAUAUGUAUUACACACACACAACCUAUAGUAAAAUAAAGUUAUUUAGGUUGCAAAGGCAAGUACUUGAAAGAUAGGAAGUGUCAGAUUUACAGUAAUCCAUGCAAUCUUAAUUCAACUCCUUGUCCAUUCAGCCUGUUGUCUGAAUGAGGUAGGGGUCCUGUGGAAAAAAUAUUGUGAUCAUAUAAUUGGAGUGUAUCAAUGCAUACAUACCAGGGGGCAGAACAGCAACUCCAUAAAUGAGCAAUUCCAAAUCUGACAUUUCCUAACUUCCAACUGCUUGACUUUGCAAUGUAAAUAACUUUCUUGUAAUAUAUUUUUGCAUGACUCCUAAGGGUUUCUUAAGGGAGGAGGAGAGAACUUUUGCAUCAUAGUACAGAUUUAUAUCACUUGAGUGAUACUGAUGGCCUGCUAACAUGAUAUGCUGCAUCUACCUGGAGGCUGGCCUGAUUCAGCUCUCUCUCUGCCCCCCUCAUCACCAGGAGAAGGACCCUUGCCCCCUGUGGUCCUCUAGAGCAGGGGACAGAUGCUGCACAGCCCCGUACUGGGUCUAGUGUAGUUAUGAGGGGAGCCUGACCUGGUUUUCAACCCAUCUCUUGGGAGUUGGGGGAGUCCUGCUCUGGGUGAUGUCCCUAGAGGUGAUAGGAAGGAGGUAGGACACUAGAACCAUGUGCUUGGACUGAAGGGUAUGUAAUCAGGUGGGGGGCUUGGCUUGACUCUCUCUCUCUCCCCACCCCAUCCCCUAGCAGCUCCCAGUGCACUGUCUGCUGCUUUGGCAAUUGUGUGAGCCCCUGACUUUAGCAUGUUUAUGUUCAGUUAUUAUUUUGGCAUAUAGCCAACAUUUUCCAGAGGAACACAAGCAACAGAAAAUGGCAAUUUUUAACAGUUUACAACAGGUAAAUCUGAAUGGAAAAUCCUGGGACAAAGAAAAGGUACUUAUAUAGCCCAAGGGACUUUCGCCUAGCUGAAUUUUGCAGGCCUGCUGCAAACAAUGCAGUGUAAAAAUUUCCCCCAAAAGUUGAAAGACACUUAAAAUGGAUAGUAUUAGGGAUCCUAAAUAAUAAGGGUCUCUUCCAUGUCCCCCUAUAAAAAUUGCAGUGCAUUAUACUGUUUGGUAGCUAGAGUCAUUUUCCAAACCUUUCUUUAGUCCGCACUCCCAGAGGGUAAGGAAGACACUUCCCUCAGGACAACUUAUUCCAUAAUUAUCCAAUUUAGAGUUCUUGUACCUUCCACUAAAGCAUCUGGAACUAGCCAGUGUUGCAGACAGGAUGUUGGAUGGAAUGGGCCACUGGAUGGAACCAGCCUGCAUGUUCCUGCACUCCAGGCUCUUAGAUCCAUGUCUGGUCCUGUGGCCAGCAUAAUAUCCCAGUUCUGGGAUCAAACCCAGCACUCCUGUCUUCCACAGUUAGAAUAGACCCCAGGAGUCCUGGCUCCCAGACCUGUGCUUAGUAAACUUCUACUUGUUCUCCUAUAGCAGGGAGGGAUACCAACUUCUGGUGGUUGCAGGUAUCUUUUUAUGCACCGGGCAGUAGUGCAGAGGGGGAGAUAAGCACUCUGGUGCGGGUCUUCUGAAGAGCGAGCCUAUAGCAGUCCGCUUCGCCCAGGCUGAAAUCCGCUCCGUGUUUCGCAGCAGGGGAGCUUCCUUUUGUGGCGGAAGGUUCGGCUCGGCUCCGCGGGAUCCGCUGCGGGUUUUGCGUGCGGCAGCGGCCUCAGCCUUGCUGAGUUGCAAGCGUCCGGGGCCUGCCUGCUCCUCCUUUGUGAAGGGGGGAGGCUCCAGUCCGGGCCGGGCUCCGCUCCGGGUUUGGCAGGCCGCCGCGGCGCUGGGUAAAAUGGCAGUGCUGAGCCUCGUGUCGGAGUGAGCAGGACUCGGCGGACGAGAGUCGGGAGCUGCUGCUCGGCUCGCCUAGUCCGGCCCCGCCACCGCCGCACCGCCCGGCUCCAGGGACGGGGUCCGCUCGCCCGCCGUAUCCCCCUCCCUCCUGCCUCUCCCACGCCGGGAGCCCCGUCCCGGGUUCCCCCCUCCUCCCCCCCGAUCCCUCCUCCCCUUUCUCCGCCGGCUGCAACCGAGGAGGCACAGCGGGGCCAGGCCCCGGGGAGCCCAGCCCAGCGGAGCCCUCCCCGCCUCGCCAGCCAGGCCGGGGGGGAAUGAGCCCCUGCUGCCCUGAAGAGCCCGCCGCCGCCUGAGCGGGGAGCAGCAGAGCAGCGAGGCCUCCCGCCGGCCGGCCAGGCAGGGGAGCAGCUCAGGGGCAGGGGUCCGGGGGGGUGGCUAGGUGGGGAGGGGGGAUCAUGGCUGCUCAGGUCGCCCCCGCCGCCGCCAGCAGCCUGGGCGCCCCGGCUCCAGCCGAGCUGAAGAAAGCGGAGGCGCAGCAGCGGGAUUGUCCCCCGGAGGAGGCGGGGGGCGAGGCGGUGGCGGAGCGCGGCGGCGAGAAGCAGGCGGAGAGCGAGGGCCCCCCGGGGAAGGAGCUGCAGGACGGGGCCGAGAGCAACGGAGGGGACGCCGGGGCCGAGCCCGACCUGAAGAGCUCGAACGGGAACGCGGGCCCCAGGCCCGCCGCUGCCGCCGCCACCCUGAACAAUAACCUCCCGGAGCCGCCCGGUGGCGGCGGCGGCAGCAGCGACGGGGUGGGGGCGCCGCAGCAGCAGCCGCCGCCGCCGCAACAGCCUCCCCCUUCCCACCCGGCCGCCUUGCCCCCGCCAGCCUACGGCUUCGGGCAGCCCUACGGCCGGGGAGCCCAGGCUGCUGCCGUCGCUGCCGCCGCCGCGGCUGCCUUCCACCAACAUGGCGGACAACAAAGCACUGGCAUGGCAGCGCUGCAGAGCGGGGGCCUGGAGCAGCCCUACCCGGGACCGGCGGGGGCCCCCCCGGGGCCGCCCCCUCCCCAGAACUCGCACGGCGGCGCCGAGCACGGCUUCCCCAACCACCAGUACAACUCUUACUACCCGGCGGCAGCCGGGCGCAGCGCCGGCGCCUACCCGCCUCCCCCCCAGGCCUACGCCCUGAGCUCCCCCCGGGGCAGCACGCAGAGCCCCGCGCAAGCGGCCGCCGGGGCCAAAUCCCCCGCCGCCGCCGCCUUCCAGCAGCAGCGCUUCGGGGCCAUGGGGCCCUCGGCCGCCGGCGGGGCAGCAGGAGGAGGGGGCGCCACCCCGCAGCCCACAGCUACCCCCACCCUCAACCAGCUGCUUACCUCCCCCAGCUCAGCCCGUGGCUACCAGGGCUACCCCGGGGGCGACUACAGCAGCGGGCCCCAGGACGGGGGAGCCGCCGCCAAGGGCCCGGCCGCGGACAUGGCCUCCCAGUACGGUGGGGGCAAUAGCCAGGCCUGGGCCACGGCCACAGGAGGGGGCCAACAAAGGAGCCACCACGCGCCCAUGAGCCCCGGGAGCAGCAGCGCUGGAGGGGGACAGCCGCUCGCUAGGACCCAGCAGCCAUCGAGCCCAAUGGAUCAGAUGGGGAAGAUGAGACCUCAGCCAUAUGGAGGAAGUAACCCGUACACACAGCAGCAGGGACCUCAGUCGGGACCACAGCAAGGACAUGGAUAUCCAGGGCAGCCAUAUGGGCCACAGACUCCCCAGAGAUAUUCCAUGGGAAUUCAAGGCAGGACGCAGAGUGCAAUGGGCAGCAUCUCAUAUGCACAGCAGAUUCCUCCUUAUGGACAGCAGGGCCCAAGUGCCUAUGGACAGCAGAGCCAGACUCCAUAUUACAACCAGCAAAGUCCUCAUUCCCAGCAACAGCAGCCUCCCUACUCUCAGCAACCACCAUCCCAGACCUCUCACUCCCAAACUUCUUAUCAACAGCAGCAGACUCCGUCUCAACCUACACAGCUUCCGUCAUCCCAGCCUCCAUACUCCCAGCAGCAGUCCCAACCACCUCAUCAGCAGUCCCCAUCACCGUAUCCCCAGCAGCAGCCCGCGGCCCAGCAACAUCAACAGAGUCAGCCUCCAUACUCCCAGCAGCAGUCACAGUCGCCCUACCAGCAGCAGCAACAAACGCCGCAAACCGCCUCUUCUGCUCUUUCUCAGCAGUCGUCUUCGUACCCUCCGUCACAACCGCAGCAACAGCAGCAGUCCGCGUACUCCCAGCAACGCUUCCCACCACCACAGGAGUUAUCUCAAGACUCAUUUGGGUCCCAGGCAUCAUCUGCCCCCUCAAUGGCUUCCAGUAAAGGACAAGAAGAUAUGAACUUGAAUCUUCAGUCAAGGCCCUCCAGCCUGCCGGAUCUGUCUGGUUCAAUAGAUGAUCUACCCAUGGGUACAGAAGGAGCCCUGAGUCCUGGAGUAAGCACGUCAGGGAUUUCAAGCAGUCAAGGAGAACAGAGUAACCCAGCUCAGUCUCCUUUCUCUCCGCAUACCUCGCCUCACCUCCCAGGAAUCAGAGGACCCUCCCCUUCCCCUGUUGGCUCUCCUGCUAGUGUUGCUCAGUCGCGUUCUGGUCCACUCUCACCUGCUGCAGUACCAGGCAAUCAGAUGCCACCCCGACCACCUAGUGGCCAUUCGGACAGUAUCAUGCAUCCUUCCAUGAAUCAGUCAAGCAUAGUCCAAGAUCGAGGUUACAUGCAGAGAAAUCCUCAGAUGCCCCAGUACAGCUCCCCUCAACCUGGCUCCGCCUUAUCUCCACGUCAGUCUUCUGGAGGACAGAUGCAUGCUGGGAUGGGAGCGUAUCAGCAGAAUUCACUGGGAAGCUAUGGUCCCCAGGGGGGUCAGUAUGGUCCUCAAGGAGGUUAUCCCAGACAGCCAAACUAUAAUGCUAUGCCUAAUGCCAACUACCCCAGCCCAGUAAUGGGGGGAAGUAUAAACCCAAUGGGAGCAGGGAGCCAGAUGCAUGGUCAGACUGGUGUGCAACCCUAUACUGGGCUUCCCCCAGGAAGGAUGAGCCAUGCAGCCAUAGGGAACAGGCCCUAUGGACCCAACAUGGCAAAUAUGCCUCCCCAGGUGGGGACAGGGAUGUGCCCACCACCAGGUGGCAUGAACCGGAAAGCACAAGAAGCAGCUGCUGCUGCCAUGCAUGCUGCCGCCAACUCCAUCCAGAACAGGCCUCCUGGCUAUCCCAACAUGAACCAAGGGGGGAUGAUGGGAACUGGAGCUCCUUAUGGACAAGGAAUUAACAGUAUGGCUGGCAUGAUAAACCCCCAGGGUCCUCCAUAUCCUAUGAGUGGGAAUAUGGCCAACAACUCGGCAGGGAUGGCAGCAAGUCCUGAGAUGAUGGGCCUUGGGGAUGUAAAAUUGACGCCUGCAACUAAAAUGAACAAUAAGGCAGAUGGGACGCCAAAAACAGAAUCCAAAUCAAAGAAAUCCAGUUCCUCUACUACCACCAAUGAGAAGAUUACCAAAUUGUAUGAGCUGGGUGGUGAGCCGGAGAGGAAGAUUUGGGUAGAUCGCUACCUAGCCUUCACUGAAGAGAAGGCAAUGGGCAUGACCAACCUCCCAGCUGUGGGCAGGAAACCCCUAGACCUUUACCGGCUCUAUAUCUCUGUAAAGGAGAUUGGAGGACUGACUCAGGUCAACAAAAACAAGAAAUGGCGUGAGUUAGCGACCAAUCUUAAUGUGGGCACCUCUAGCAGUGCAGCUAGUUCUUUGAAGAAGCAGUACAUCCAAUGUCUCUAUGCCUUUGAGUGCAAGAUUGAACGAGGCGAAGACCCACCCCCAGACAUCUUUGCAGCUGCUGAUUCAAAGAAGUCCCAGCCCAAGAUACAGCCCCCAUCUCCAGCGGGUUCAGGCUCCAUGCAGGGGCCUCAGACACCUCAAUCCACCAGCAGCUCUAUGGCAGAGGGAGGAGAUUUGAAACCACCAACGCCAGCGUCUACGCCACACAGUCAGAUGCCCCCUUUGCCAGGCAUCAGGAGUAACUCAGUAGGUCUUCAGGAUGCCUUUGCAGAUGGCAGUGACCCCACGUUCCAGAAGCGGAACUCCAUGACUCCAAAUCCCGGGUACCAGCCCAGCAUGAAUACCUCUGACAUGAUGGGUCGCAUGUCCUACGAGCCAAAUAAGGAUCCUUACAGCAGUAUGAGGAAAGCUCCAGGAAGUGACCCCUUCAUGUCCUCAGGGCAGGGCCCCAACACUGGUAUGGGUGACCCGUAUAAUCGUGCUGCAGGUCCAGGGAUGGGUAACAUGGCCCUGGGACAACGGCAACAUUAUCCCUAUGGAGGUCCUUACGACAGAGUAAGGACGGAGCCAGGAAUGGGACCAGAGGGCAGCUUAGGAACCGGAACUCCCCAGGCCAACAUUAUGCCUUCCACCCCUGACUCAGGGAUGUACUCUCCCAGCCGCUAUCCACAGCAGCAACAGCAGCAGCAACGACAUGAUUCCUAUGGCAAUCAGUUCUCCACUCAAGGCACAUCCUCUGGCAGUCCCUUUCCCAGUCAGCAAACCACCAUCUAUCAACAACAACAGCAGAAUUACAAGCGACCGAUGGAUGGCAAUUAUGGCCCGCCUGCCAAGCGACACGAAGGGGAGAUGUACAACGUCUCGUACAGCACCGGGCAGGGGCAGGCGCAGCAGCAGCUGCCUACAGCACAGACCCAACAACCGAGCCAGCAGCAAACUACACAGCCUUAUACAUGUCCUGCUGUGGAGAACCAGUAUGGGAGUACAUAUCCUGCCACCGACCGCCGACCUGCAGGAGGGCCGCAGAACCAGUUCCCAUUCCAAUUUGGCAGAGACAGGGUCUCCGCUCCCCCAGGCUCGACUGCCCAGCAGAAUAUGCCACCCCAGAUGAUGGGUGGUCCUAUACAAUCUACUCCAGAGGGCCUGCAGCAGGGCACCUUGUGGCAAGGGCGCAAUGAAAUAGGGUACAGCUAUCCAAAUCGGCAGAGUUCGGGCUCUGCAGCCCAGGGGCCUGCUUAUCAUGGAGUGAAUCGAACAGAUGAAAUUCUACAUUCAGAUCAGAGGGUAAAUCACGAGGGGCCAUGGCCCUCCCAUGGGAACCGUCAGCCUCCUUAUGGUCCUUCUGCCCCGGUACCCCCAAUGACAAGGCCCCCACAGCCUAACUACCAGACCCCUCCUAGCAUGCAGAAUCACAUUCCUCAGGUAUCUAGCCCAGCACCUCUGCCCAGACCUCUGGAGAACCGCACCUCACCCAGCAAAUCUCCGUUCCUGCACUCGGGGAUGAAAAUGCAGAAAGCAGGACCUCCCGUCCCUGCCUCGCAUAUAGCCUCAGCAGCCGUACAGCCUCCCAUGAUACGACGGGACAUCACCUUCCCACCCGGAUCAGUGGAAGCUACGCAGCCUGUGUUGAAGCAAAGGAGACGGCUGACGACAAAAGAUAUUGGAACUCCUGAAGCAUGGAGAGUGAUGAUGUCUCUGAAGUCUGGGCUGCUGGCUGAAAGUACGUGGGCCUUAGAUACCAUAAACAUCCUGCUCUAUGAUGACAACAGCAUAAUGACCUUCAACCUCAGCCAGCUGCCAGGGUUGCUGGAACUGCUGGUGGAAUAUUUCCGGCGUUGCCUGAUUGAAAUCUUUGGGAUCCUAAAGGAAUAUGAAGUGGGAGAUCCGGGACAAAAAACACUAUUAGAUCCUGAAAGAUUCUGCAAGUCUUCAAGUCCCCCUCCUGAAAAGGGGGAUGAAGAGGAGGAGCCACAGAGCCCUAACUCUGAGGAAGAGGAGGAGGAAGAGGAAGAGGAGGCUGCAUUUGCAAGUAAAGACAAAGCACCCCUAGAGAGCAAUGAAGAAAAACUAGUCAGUAAAUUUGACAAGCUUCCAGUCAAGAUAGUGCAGAAGAAUGACCCAUUUGUGGUAGAUUACUCAGACAAGCUGGGGCGAGUACAGGAGUUUGAAAGUGGAUUGCUGCACUGGCGGAUUGGUGGUGGAGACACCACUGAACACAUUCAAACCCACUUUGAGAGCAAAAUGGAGCUACUGUUAACUCACAAACGAGCUUCCUGCAACUCUGCCUUGAGAAAACGUUCUGCAGCUGAGAGCAAUCCGGGAACUAGAGAGGGGGAGAAUCUGCCAUCUGAUGGUCCCCCGGAGAAAAGGAUAACCGCUACUAUGGAUGACAUGCUUUCGGCACGGCCAGGCUCACUGGCGGAGGAGGAGGUCAAAAACUCGGAAGCAACAAAGGAAAGCAGCAAAUUUCCAUUUGGCAGUAGUCCAGCUCAGAGCCACAGAAAUAUCAAAAUUCUGGAGGAUGAACCUCACAGUAAAGAUGAGACACCCCUGUGCACCCUUCUAGACUGGCAAGACUCUCUAGCUAAACGCUGCGUCUGUGUGUCUAACAUCAUCAGGAGUUUAUCGUUUGUGCCGGGCAAUGACUUUGAAAUGUCUAAGCACCCCGGUCUGCUGCUGAUUCUAGGGAAACUGAUUCUCCUGCACCACAAGCAUCCGGAACGCAAACAGGCACCACUGACCUACGAGAAGGAAGAGGAGCAGGACCAAGGGGUGAGCUGCAACAAGGUGGAGUGGUGGUGGGACUGCUUGGAGAUGCUGCGUGAAAACACGCUGGUUACGCUGGCCAACAUUUCUGGUCAGUUGGACCUCUCCCCGUACCCGGAAAGCAUCUGUUUGCCUGUCUUGGAUGGACUCCUCCACUGGGCAGUAUGUCCAUCCGCAGAGGCCCAGGAUCCUUUCCCAACCCUGGGGCCUAAUGCUGUCCUCUCCCCUCAGAGACUGGUUUUGGAAACUCUCAGCAAACUCAGCAUCCAGGAUAACAACGUGGAUUUGAUUCUUGCAACUCCCCCCUUUAGUCGCUUGGAGAAGGUCUACAGCACCAUGGUGCGCUUCCUUAGUGACAGAAAGAACCCAGUGUGUCGAGAGAUGGCUGUGGUACUACUGGCCAACUUGGCACAGGGCGACAGCCUGGCAGCUAGAGCAAUUGCAGUGCAGAAGGGCAGCAUUGGCAACUUGUUGAGCUUCUUGGAGGACAGCCUGGCAACCACUCAGUUCCAACAGAGUCAGGCCAGCUUGAUGCACAUGCAAAACCCUCCCUUUGAGUCGACAAGUGUGGACAUGAUGCGUCGGGCAGCUCGGGCGCUGCUUGCCCUGGCCAAAGUGGACGAGAACCACUCUGAGUUCACGUUAUACGAGUCGCGGCUGUUGGACAUCUCCGUGUCGCCUUUGAUGAACUCGUUGGUUUCACAAGUUAUUUGUGAUGUACUGUUUUUAAUUGGCCAGUCAUGACAGCCGUGGGAUGCCUAUACCCCUGUGUGCGUGUGCGUGAGUGGAGAACUUAGAAACUGACUGUUGCCCUUUAUUUAUGCAAAACCACCUCAGAAUCCACUGUCUGCCCUGCGCUGCCCUGCUUCUCCCUGGGGAAAGACGUCCCCCUUCCCUUUUCCCCUCACCCCACCCUCAACUCUGUCCUGAACCCCCAGUUCAAGGAGACAAAAGUUCUGCCUACGUAGAAGACUUUUUUUAUUUUAACCAAAGUUACUGUCGUUUACAGUGAGUUUGGGGAAAACGACUUGCCGUGUUAUCGCAUCGACAGGCGCCACUUUCAUAACUGUUUUUAAUGGUAAACUCGGAAGGACAAAAGUGACUGCUGAACUCUGUGUGGUUUAUCGUUGUACAUUCACAAUCUUGCAGGAACCAAGAAGUUACCAGUUGUGAACAGACCUUGUCCAAUGGAGGCCUGUGCAGUAGAGUGUAGAACUUCAUGUACUGUACACCUUAAACUGUAAACAUACUGUAAUAAUGUCUCACAUUGAAAAAAAAAACGCUGGAUCAGCAGCAAGCUGUAGUUUUUAAAAAUGUUUUUAGUUAAUGUUGAGGAGAAAAAAAAGGCUUUUCCCCCAAAGUAUCAUGUGUGAACCUACAACACCCUGACCUCUUUCUCUCUUCCUCCUUGAUUGUAUGAAUAACCCUGAGAUCACCUCUUAGAACUGGUUUUAACCUUUAGCUGCAGCCUGAACGCUGCCACGUGUGUAUAUAUAUAUGACGUUGUACAUUGCACAUACCCUCAGAUUCCUUGCAGUUUUGUCCCCCUCCUCCCCACCCCUUUAUAGUAUGACGAGUUAACGAGUUGAUGACCUGCAAAAGCGAGACACAAUUAUUUAAUCUCUUGCCAGACAUCUCUCUCUGGAGGAUGCUGUACAGGUCUUUGUGUAUAAAGUCAUUGCUGUCUCAGCAGCCAAUCAACUUAUAGUUUAUUUUUCCUGUUUUUGUUUUCUUUCUAAUCGAGGUGUGAAAAAGUUCUAGGUUCAGUUGAAGUUCCUGAUGAAGAAACACAAUUGAGAUUUUUCAGUGAUGAAUUCUGCAUAUUUGUAUUUCAGACGAUGUAGCUAAAAACUUGAUGUAAAUUCCUCCCUUUUUUCCUUUUUUGGCUUAAUGAAUAUCAUUUAUUCAGUAUGAAAUCUUUAUACUAUAUGUUCCACGUGUUAAGAAUAAAUGUACAUUAAAUCUUG